GUAGAGGAUUCGAACCCUCGAGCGGGAGUCUGUAGAAGAGGGCGAAGAAAAAGAGAGAGAAGUUAAUCUCUUGUGGAGAAGGAGAUGCCGGCCGCCGUAGCCGGGUCGCAGAGGGGGGGCGGUCGGGGUGCGCUGUCUGCUACAGGGUUCAGCACUUCGGUAGGAGGAGGGAGAGGAGGAGGAGGAGGAGGAGGAGGAGGAGGAGGAGGAGGAGGAAGUGGAGGUGGGGGAGCAGGUGGGGGAGGCGCGAUGGGUAGAGCGCGUUUCGUUCGGCGUCGUAGCAUUUCUUCAGCCGCCGCCUCCUCGUCUUCUCCCGCGGUCACCAACUCAGCGGCUGGCGGCGAUGGCGGUGCUACUGCGCCAGGAAGCCAUGUUCAUCGUCGGCGCGCAGCGCCUGGCCCAGCGGAUGAUCGGCUUCUGGCGGAAGAUGGGGAGGGGGAGUCGAUGAGGGGAAUGGCGGACGAUUCGCGGAGGGGGGAUUCGUGGAGUGACGCACGCGCUGAUGACAAGCUGAGAGAUGGAGAAGGCGGUCGCGAUCCGGACGAGGGAGGGGGAGGGGAAAGCGAUGGCGGUGAGCGCGGCGGCGGGGCUGCGCCGAUGAAGGCGCGCCAGGGGGAUAAGAAUGGCGAAGCGGAGGACGAUGAUGCUGUUGAUGAUGAGAACGAUGACGAUGAUGACGAUGAUGAUGACGGCGAUGGCGAUCAAGGCGAGGAUGAUGAAGAAGAGGAAGAUGAAGAAGAAGAGGAACCUCGACUCAAGUACCACCGAUUGGGAGCCAGUAUUCCGGACCUUUUGAGAGCGGAUGAGGCGAGUUGCGUUCGAGUCUCGCAGAAGAUCGUAGGGCUGGGGACACGUGGAGGGCGUGUCCACGUGUUGGAUAUCCACGGGAAUGAAAUCAAACGGUUCACCUCGCACAGAUCAAAGGUGACGGGGUUGAGUUUUGAUGCCGCCAACGAAUACGUCGGGAGUUGUUCGGAUGAUGGUGCAGUUGUCGUUCACGGACUGUACUCCGAUGAACAUGAGAGGUACGAGUAUGGGCGUCCGAUGAAAGCGGUAGCUCUCGAUCCGGAGUUUGUCAAACCUGCAAAGGGCAAAAAAUUUGUGUGCGGAGGAGCCGCUGGACAGCUGCUGUUAAAUUCGCGGGGCUGGCUUGGAGCGCGAGAUCAGGUGACAGAUCCAAUCAUAUACGUAUAUAGUCUUUCUGCCAAUCUUCUGCUUCUUCUUCUUCUUCUACCCUCCUCCUCCUCCUCCUCCACCUCCCCGCAAGGCGGGGUCAUGAGGUUAGCCCCCUGAGGAUGAUCGGAGCGCAACCGAUCGAAACGCGUCGGGGAAUGUGCGCGAGAGCUGAGACGAGUAUGCGCGGCUUUGUAAUGAAGAGCUUUCGAUGCG